AUGAUACUGUUGGAUAGUACACAUUUUAACGACAUACGCAGUGCGAUUCGUUCGCGUCCUGUUGCCUGGGAUGCUCUUGCUAGGUCGGCAGAGAUCAGCGAAAUGGAUGCUUCCAAUGCAAAGACUCUCGAAAGUACGCUUAUCAGACACGCAAAUGAGCCUUCUAGCUCUACGGAACCUGGUUUCAAAAUUAAUGAUACUACGAUGAUGCCAUUGAUUCAUUUGCUUUCGACUUCGAACAAUGCAGACUCGAAGAAAUCGGUGCAAAACUUGCUGGCUGAGUUGCUCUCCUCUGAGCAGUUUGCCCAUGAUACCAUCCAAUUCUUUAUCAACCAUCCUGAGAAAGUGGACCAGUUAUUCGAAGUGAGUCUCGUGGGUGAUCGUCAGACGGUGAUGAUCUCGUCGUUUAACCUUGUAAACUUGCUGAUUCAACCACAAUUGAUCAACAAGGAUUUGGUGGCAAGUUUGGUCUCCAGUGAGCCAUUCCUCAAUAUCCUCAACAAUUUGGACCUAAUGGAUACUAGUUACGUGUGUGUGAGGUUGCUCCAGGAACUAGCAGCCGUUGAGUCAUACCGUUCAGUUAUUUGGCAAUCGCACAAAUCUUUCCUACCAACGUUAUUCAAAGUCAUUGCUCAGGCGUUGGAACCAAACUCUGUCACCAGGGUUGUCGCCACGAAUUCAAACAAUUUGGUCAUUCAAUUGCAGUAUUACUCGCUUUUGUUGAUAUGGCUGCUAACUUUUGACCCCAAGAUCGCCAGUGAUUUAACUCAGAACUAUUUGCAAGAUUUCCUCAACCUGUUGAAGCUCGUCAAGGUCACCAUAAAGGAGAAAAUUUCAAGACUCUGCAUAUCGAUUAUCCUUCAAUGUACUUCAUCCAACGUUAAGAACAACAGAGCUGUUAUCAAGAAUUUGUUACUGUUAGGCAACGCAUUGCCUGUUUUGCAAUCUCUAAGUGAUAGAAAAUACUCAGACGAAGAGUUACGUCAGGAUAUGGCAACUUUGAAAGAUGUUUUGGAACAGGAGUAUAAAGAACUAACGUCUUUUGAUGAGUAUUUGGCAGAGUUGGACUCUAAAUUGCUAUGUUGGUCUCCUUCCCAUGUGGAUAAUGGAUUCUGGUCUGAUAAUAUCGAUAAGUUCAAGUCAGACAACUGGAAGCUUUUCAAGACUUUGGUUAACCUAUUGAUCGAGACCAAGGACUCCGGUUUAAACGAUAGACAACACAAGAUUAUCCUAGAAGUUGCCCUCAGCGAUAUCACUCACGUUGUUGAGUUGCUACCCGAGAGUAUCGAUAUUUUGGGAAAAAUGAAGGGUAAGAUCGUUAUCAUGGAACUUUUGAACCACCCAGACUCUAGAGUUAAAUAUGAGGCCUUGAAGACAACUCAAGCGGUUAUCGGAUACACAUCUAAAUAA